AUGCCCACCGUCCACCUCUUAGACUAUGUCGCUGGCAACAUUCGGUCACUCGUUAAUGCAUUGAACAGGCUUGACUGCCAGGUAGAAUGGAUAAAGACACCAGAGGAUGUCAAGGAGGCAAACGUCCUGAUUUUACCCGGAGUUGGCCAUUUUGGUCAUUGUAUGAGCCAGCUUGCAAGCGGUGGGUUCCUCGAGCCUAUCAAGGAGCAUAUAAACUCUGGAAAGUCAUUUAUGGGAAUAUGUGUUGGCCUCCAGGCUUUGUUUCGAACGUCCGAAGAAGCUCCCGAUGUCAAGGGAUUGGGAUUGAUUCCCGUCUCGCUGAAGAAAUUUGAUUCCUCUAACAAAAGCGUGCCACACAUUGGCUGGAAUUCAGCCAUCUUCGCUGAGAACAAAAGUUAUUAUGGCCUCAACCCUCGCAGCAAAUAUUACUAUGUUCACUCCUACGCCGCCCCUCUUGAUACCACUGCCCUUCAAACUCAGGGAUGGAAGGUUGCCACGGGCAAAUACCAGGACGAGACUUUUAUUGGAGCUCUGGGGAAAGGCAAUGUUUUCGCAACGCAAUUUCACCCAGAGAAGAGCGGGCAGGCUGGACUAAGAGUCCUGGAUGCGUUUCUAAAAGGUAAGGAGAUAGAGGAGCUGCCUGCAUCUGAUCUUUCUUCUGCUCGGGACGGACUCACAAGGAGGAUUAUUGCCUGCCUUGAUGUCCGGACCAACGAUGAUGGUGAUCUGGUGGUUACAAAAGGUGAUCAGUACGAUGUUCGAGAAAAGUUUGGAGCUGAGGGGAAAGGACAAGUGAGAAACCUGGGAAAGCCCGUCGACAUGGCGAAGAAAUACUACCAGGAGGGUGCUGAUGAAGUGACAUUCCUCAACAUCACAUCGUACAGGAACUGUCCGUUGGCAGACGUACCGAUGCUGGAAGUUCUACGUCAAACAUCAGAGACCGUUUUUGUGCCGCUUACUAUUGGUGGUGGCAUCAAAGAUACCACAGACACUGAUGGAACUGUGGUUUCUGCUCUGAACGUUGCAAAGAUAUACUUCAAAUCUGGAGCUGACAAAGUUAGCAUUGGAUCGGAUGCAGUGAUUGCCGCAGAGGAAUACUAUGCCUCUGGGAGGAAGCUGAGUGGAAAGACUGCUAUCGAAACAAUUUCCAACGCCUAUGGUAAACAAGCUGUUGUUAUCAGUGUUGACCCUCGGCGUAUAUAUGUGUCCUCGCCAGAGGAUACGACUCAUCACACUUUCGAGACGAAGUUUCCCAAUGAACAAGGACAAAAAUACUGCUGGUUCCAAUGUACAAUCAAGGGGGGUCGAGAAGGAAGGGAUUUUGAUGUUAAACAGCUUAUUGAAGCGGUAGAGGCAAUGGGAGCUGGAGAGAUACUGUUGAACUGCAUUGAUAAGGAUGGAACUAACAGUGGCUUUGACCUUGAGUUGAUUAACGAUGUCAAAUCUUUUACCACAAUUCCUGUGAUUGCUUCUAGCGGAGCCGGAAACCCUGAGCAUUUCGCAGAGGUCUUUGAAAAGACCGCCACAGACGCUGCCUUGGGAGCUGGGAUGCUAACUUCUUAUAUAAACAGUUCCACCGAGGCACCUAUGCCGUCUCGGACGUAA